AUGUUGAGCCCUACAUAUGUCCACUGGGAUAUAACUGAAUAUUCCUUAUAUAACUUUGGAUCCAUCUUCAUUAUUGUCCUAAUUAUUUGGCAGGUCAAAAGGAUUCACCAUGGAUUAAGGUUGAGACAUAACAGGAGCUGCUGCUGGCGUCACCGAAAAGUGAGACAAAGGGCUAGAGAUGCAGCAUCAAGAGCUAGGAGAGCUUCCCAGAAAGAAGCUGAGAAGCCACGGAAGCUGCUCUUUCUCAUGAAAAGCCAGGGCUGGCUUCCCCAGGAGGGAAGUGUGCGGCGGCUUCUGUGUGCAGAUCUCAGCUGCCAUGUCUGCAAUGCUGUGGCUCUUGAGAUCCAGCACCUGCUAGUGGAAUCUCCAGAAGCUGGCUUGGGAAAUGAGCUGAAGCACUUCCUGCACUGGAUUAACCCUGAGAUAAAAGGCCAAGAGCACGAGGAAUCCACUGUCUACUCUAAGGCUGAGACAGAGACCAAAGCCAGGAUGAAAAAGGUUGAAAAGAGCCUGGCCCCCACCAAAGACCCUGCAGGGGAAGCUAAGUUGGAAAACACACCAAGGAACCCCAAGGCCCAGCCUCCCCGCACUGAGGGGGAGAGUCAGACCGUUUUCAACACCCUCCAGUUCCCAGAUAAUCAGCACCAGCGAUGUUCCCUUCAGUCCAUCUUUCCUGGGUCCUUGUCCUCAACUGACUUGUGCCACCCAACCAGAAAAUCCACUCCAGGUCUCAACUGUUACCUCAGUGGAAGGCAUGGAUCUACACAAGGAGAAUAAUCAGUUCAAGCAAA